AUGGCCUGGUACAAGGGGCUGAUGCUAAUUGCAAUGGCAUCUAUGGCCAUAUUGUCGGCUGCAUCACCACAAAACAAGACGGAUGCCAUAGUGAUCUAUGGACCAGAUGAGCUCAACAGUCAAGUUUCCUGCGAGUUCCUCGACUGCCUUGAAAAUGCUGGAAAAGACUACAAUCUCUACGUUGACGACGGGGAUUUAGUGGUGAUUCCCGCAGAACGUCGAGAGGUUGACUUUGACGGUGAAGAUGAAGCUCUUUUCAAGUGUAUCCAGAAAGUGAAUCACUUAAUGCAAAUAGUCGCCGAGGACACCAUAAACGGUCAGGACGAGCAUAAGUAUGCUACGCACCGACAGUUAGCCACGCAUGAGUGGUUGACUGAGAACGGUGCGCUGGGAAGGAAGCCAGUUGGAACGCGGCCUCGAACGGUCAAAUCUCACAAUCAGACCGAAGCCAGUAUCACUAAGAGAGAUGAACUUCUUUAUUGGACCUUCUUAUCUGAUUAUAAGAGAUGCGAAAGCCUCACCGACCAAUAUAAAGAGCCCGAAGGCUGCCACAGUUACAUGCAAGCAUGGGAAAGUGCCCAGUUCGAGAAUCCAAGUUACGACUCGGCAUGCACUUUCGAGACUGCUAGCCGGAAAUCGCGGGGUAAGAAGCAGGGGCCCAAUAAUGAAGGCUUUGAAGCCCUACAAUCUCGGAUGAAACAGCUUGAGGAGAAUCUCAGCCAAGCUCUACAGGAAAUCGACGAGCUCAAAGGACACGCACCGCAAGGGGCAACGGCGAGUUCUCUCGACAGACAAGUCCUAGUUUCCAAUCUCCAGGAGGAGGGGGACGUUGAUUUCCUGAACCAGGCACUCUACGACGGAUCACUGGACUUGCCGCCGCUGCAGGAGACUUUGCCCGCUGUAGAGAAAUACCUGGCGACGGUCAAUACCAUUCUCCCACUUUUUCACCCUGACAGACUGCUGCAUUCGCUCAAAAGCUGGUACGACACACCUCUUAUGCAGAGAGACUGCGUUACAUGGGCAGCGAUAAACGUGGUUCUCGCUCUAGCCCAUCGCCAAGUUCCCCCCGACCAAGCGAUGCUGCCGAACAAAAACACGGCCCACUACCUGUAUAAGGCGCAGUCGGUACUGACAGAGGUUAUAAUGGGCAAAACAAAUCUUGUCAACGUCCAGCUUCUCCUUGGAAUGGUUAUGCUGUUUCAAGGAACUCGGAAUUUGAAACCGGCGACCAUGUUGAUCGCUGUUGCUCUACGCCUUGCACAUGAACUGGGGCUGCACACUCGUAUGAGGUCCGAAAGUCUCGAUAAGUCAACUGCUUUGGAGCGAGAUCGUGUCUUCUGGAUGGCAUACCUUCUCGAUAGGGACAUAAGCAUGCGGACCGGGCAACCCCCUGUACAGCUAGAGACCGAUAUCGACCUCGAAUUGCCUUCAGACGAGCCUGAAGAUGGCGCUGGACUUGUCUUCACCGCUGACAGCAGUUCUUGCUUUAAUUUUUUCCGUGCUCGGGUGCAACUCGCUCGCAUUCAGGGGAUGGUUUACGAGCUUAUGCUUUCUAUGCCCGCCAAAAAAUUGGACUCGUACCAGCGAGGUGAAAAUAUGGCACGGCUUCACUAUGUGUUGGACGACUGGGCUUCUCAAAUACCGCCACAGUUUCGAGUUAACGCUCUACUCGGAACUUGUGAGCCGAGCUCGUUCAGGAACUUGGGUAUCCUCUACGCCACCCAUCUCUCAUGCCGGACUCAAAACGAAAAGACCCCGCAUUUGUUUGAAGAAAUGCAAACCACCCAAGAAAUCGGUCCAUAUACCCCCAUCAUGGCCUCACCUCCCCUACCCAGUUUUGUCUCCUUCACCAAGUCAUGGCACAGCGAACCUUGUCCGUUCAUUUCCCCGACAAGACCAGAACUUUCAGCAGCUGGGAAAAACGUUGUUGUCACAGGAGGAGGCACGGGAAUUGGCAAAGCUACUGCCAUUGCGUUUGCCCAAGCCGGUGCCAAAUCCGUUGCAAUUGUUGGUCGAAGACUCGACCGCCUCGAAACUGCUGCAAAAGAAAUCAAGCAGGCAGCAGCAACAACAGUACAAGUCCUCUUAGAAACCGGCGACGUGACCCAACUCUCAUCCAUCGAGUCCGCCCUGACCAAAAUCGUGAAAAAGGUCGGCAAGAUAGACAUAUUCGUUUCCAAUGCCGGAGUCCUGCCAGAAGAAGCCCCCGUGUUUGGCUACAGCGAGACAGAACUACGAAAAAGCCUCGAGGUUAACGUAAUAGGCACAUUCAACUCCCUGCAAGCGUUCCUCCCUUUAGCAGCGUCCUCUGGCGCAAAACUGUUCAACAUGAGUUCUGGUAUUGGACACUGGGCUCCCUUACCCGAGGUGCCUGGGGUUUUUGGAUAUGCAGCUGCAAAAGCAGCAGCGUUGAAGAUUGUAGACUACUUUGCGUCUGAGAAUCCGGAUAUUCAUGUUGUUAAUAUCAUGCCUGGCAUUAUAGCCACGGAAAUCAACCCUAAGAUCACCGUUGGGCCGGAUACAGUGGAAUUACCGGCUCAUUUUCUCGUGUGGCUUGCAUCAGAAGAAGCGAAGUUUCUCAAGGGCAAGUUUGUCUGGGCAAACUGGGAUGCCCAAGAGCUCAUGGCUCGGGCAGACGAGAUUCAAGGAUCAAUGCUUUUGAGGGUGUCCUUGAACGGUGUUGACAUGUAA